AGGGGAGGGGUGGUCCAAAUUUUUUUUAGGGGGAAUCGCAUGACCGUGACAUAUAGAACACAUUAUCGAAAACGAAAAUCGUCAAAAUUAAAAAAUAAAAAAGUUACAGCCAUUUUCCCUCAGUGUCUAAUUCCAAUGUCCACCAAAAAAUUUAGAUUCUGAUUGUUGGAGUGCAUCGUACAAUGGGAUUACUGAAAUAGAUGUGACACCAAAAUACACCCUGGAAGAACGUAAAACGAUGUUUUAAGAGUAAGAUGGAGAAGAUUCAACAAAAAAAAUUUACUUUGUUUACAUGUUUUGCACAUUCGGGCGCGAUAAUUGUUGUAGGAUCGACUAGUCACGACCGACUAGCUUACUCGAGUGCGCGCCCCAGGACCCCUCUUCUGGAAUAGAACCGGAAUGAGAACCCAAGUUCGAAAUUUCCCCAAGGAUGAAGGCUGGAGGGUAAAUCAGCGAAAACAUUGUGUUUACAACCAAUUUGACGAGGACAACUAUUCGUCAAAUGUAAAUAAUGUGCAUAAUUCCUCACAUCUUAAAUAUAGAACAUUAUAAACAUUUAUUUGAUAUUUAAUAUACGUCUAAAACCACAAUUGACUUCAUCGGUUGAGGAUGAGAAAUUAGGAAUUGAUGGCGAAACAUUGAAGACUGCAUUAAUGUCGGGAAUUGAUUUGGUCGAAAUUGGCGACAAAAGCCUGCUUCACUGUUUUGAUGUUUUGAUGGUUAUCUGCUGAGAUCCUUAUGAGUGAAUUUUUGAUUUUAGAGCCAUUAUCAAUACUAUCUGUGAGCAAUUAAUGGAAGCUAUACAACACUAAUGUAAUCCAGUUUAUUUAAAACUAUGGUGUUUUAUUUUAGAAUAUUUGUCCUGAAUUGAGAUUAAAAAGCAAAAUUUCUCAGCUUCCCUGUCUGGAAUACAUAUAAGACAGUUUUGCAUUCUUAUUACACUUGGAUAAAUAUAUCAAAGCAGUUUUAUUCAGAUGGCAGUAAAAAUUACAGUUGAUGGAAAUACAGCAGUAGAAAUAUUUUUUAGGAACAAACUCUACAAAUCAAUACAAGAAAAAAAUAUCUUAUAUUGUGAUGAAGGAAAAAGAAAUUUUCUGAAAAGGAAGUAUUUGACAAAUUGGAAGAAUUGAUUUUCUUUUUUUUUUUUUUCUUUUUUUCUUACGAGAUGCCAAAAAUGUUAGGAGAAACAUUAUACCACUGUGAUAUCUGUAACAAGUCAUUUUCACACAAAUGUAACCUCACUACACACAAACGAAUUCAUACAGGAGAGAGACCCUAUCACUGUGAUAUUUGUUGUAAAUCAUUCUCACAUAGAAAUAGCUUAACUAAUCACAAAUGGUUUCAUUUAGGAGAAAAGCCAUAUCACUGCAAUAUCUGUGGCAAAUCAUUCUGUGAGGCUGGUAACUUAACUAAACACAAACGCAUUCAUACUGGAGAGAAGCCAUAUCACUGUAACAUUUGUGGUAAUUCAUUCUCUCACAUUAGUACCUUAACUAAUCACAAACGUACUCAUACAGGAGACAGGCCAUAUAACUGUGAGAUCUGUAGUAAAUCAUUCUCUCACAAAAAUAGUUUAACUAACCAUAAACGCUUUCAUUCUGGAGAGAAGCCAUAUCUCUGUGAUAUCUGUGGUAAAUCAUUCUCUGAAACAGGUAACUUAUCUAUACACAAGCGUAUUCAUACUGGAGAGAAACCACAUCACUGUCAUGUCUGUGGUAAAUCAUUCUCUCAUAUAGGGACUUUAACUAAACACAAACACACACACACAGGAGAGAAGCCAUAUCAGUGUGAUAUCUGUGGUAAAUCAUUCUCUCAUGUAGGUACUUUGACCCAGCACAAACACACACACACAGGAGAGAAACCCUAUCAGUGUGAUAUCUGUGGUAAAUCAUUCUCUUAUAUAAGUACAUUGACUCAGCACAAGCUCAAUCAUACAGGGGAGAAGCCAUAUCAUUGUGAUAUCUGUGGUAAAUCAUUCUCUCAAUCAGGUAACUUAAGUGAACACAUGUAUCUUCAUGCGCAAGAGAAACACUAUCAUUGUGAUAUCUGUGGUAAAUCUUUCUCUCAGAGAGGUGGCUUAAUUGUACAUAUCCGUAUUCAUACAGGGGAGAAACCAUAUCAUUGUGGUUUUUGUGAUAAAUCAUUCUCUCAUGCUUGUAGCUUAACAAAGCACAAACAUAUGCAUACAGGAGAAAAACCAUAUCACUGUGACAUUUGUAGUAAAUCUUUCUCACAGCAUAAUCACUUAACCACUCACAAACGGUCUCACACAGGAGAGAAGCCAUAUCUCUGUGAUAUUUGUGGGAAGUCCUUCUCUUGCAGAGUUACCUUAACGAAGCACAAACGUACUCAUACAGGUGAGAAACCAUAUCUCUGUGUUAUCUGUGGCAAAUCCUUCUCUGAGACAGGUAACUUAGCUAUACACAAACGUAUUCAUACUGGUGAGAAACCAUAUCAUUGUGGUAUCUGUAGUAAAUCAUUCUCACAAAAAUCUCACUUAUGUUCACAUGUAUGUAUUCAAACUGAAUAGUAACUGCUUUUAUGUAAAAUAUCUUUCUCUGCAUCUAAUAUCUUAUAUCAUCAUAAAUUUGCAUACAUGUGAGUAAACAAUGUAAUGUAUAUUAACAAGCAUCAAACACUGUAUUCUGUAUAACCAUAACAAUAUCAACUGUAAUUAUCACGCUGUAAAGUGGCUUGUAUUUGGAAAAGCCUCCAGCUGUAAAAACCAUACCAAAGCAGACCUUGCUGUUGCCACAUAAAAGCACCCAGUCCACUCUGUAAAUUGUUUAGCAUUAGGAAGGACAUCCAGUGGUAGAAACGGUGCCAAAAAUAGACCUUGCUGAUGUUGAUGUUAUGUUAAAAGCACCCAGUCCACUCUGUAAUGUGUUUAGCAUUAAGAAGGAUAUUCAGCCAUGAAAAUCAUGCCAAAACAGACCUUGCUGAUGUCACGUGAAAAUCAUCCUGUUGACUCUAUAAAGUGGUUGGCAUUAGGAAGGUCAUCCAGUUGUAAAAUUAUAGCAAAACAGAAAGUGAAGCUCAGUGUUGUCCUCUAACUUGACAGCUUCUGUCCAACCAUUCAACCCAUGCUAUCAUGAAAGAAAGUAUAUGAGAAUGAUUUAGGAAAAUAUUUGUUAGAAUACUGUUAUGUAUUUCAGUUAACAACUAUCAAAAAGGAAGGGAAACUGUUAUGUUUAACUUUGUUGGCCAAAGCUUGAGAAAUGUAUUCUUAUCUAUCAGCUAUAACAUCACUGUACACUUAUUAUAUUACAAAGAAAUACAUAAACCAUAAAAGAAAAAUAAUUCAUCAGAACCUAAUAAGAUAUACAGAUUAUAAAGUUGAAGAAUUUGGAGUGAAGCUGGACAGUUAUUUUUUAAUCAUUACAAUUGUUUGCACACAACAUGGUUCUUCAAAAGUACAAGUAUUCGUUGAUGCAGCUGUUUAUUUGCACAUUCAUGUGUAUACAUACACAUGAGCAUAGGUACAUGUGUGUGUAUACAGGCAGAUAUAAAUAGAUUUGUUUGUGUGUGUGUGUGGGGGGGGAUAUGAGCGAGUAUGUGUAUAUGUAUCUGACCACUGAAUAUUGAAGGUCAGCUAAUAAAAUUUGCAUGGACAGCAAACAACCAUCCACUACCACUCAUAGCAGUGCAUCGAACACACUCUGGCUGCAAACAACAUCAAUCUACCAACUGCUACAAAUUUCCAAUGAAGAUGGAUGGCUGGGAUGAUUUGAAGUCAAAUAUUUUAAAGUAACGGAGGCAACACUUGAAUAUCACUUGAAGUAAUACAACUAGAUCUCAUUGUACAAAUAAACAGUUUCAUAGUCAAAAAAACCUGUAUUUUUGUAGAACUAUGUUGUGUGGAAAGAAUUAUAGUUUAAAAAAAAACAAAAAGACUGUCCAACCAUACUCCUUUUUGUAGAAUCCCGAUGUCUUCAACUUUAUAGUCACACACAAUGAAAAUCCAAGCAUAAACCUGGAAGUAUAUCAUAAUGCUAUUGGAUAGCAUUAUGUAAUUCUGAGGGCAGACUAGCUUUAUACUGCACUCUGCCAACUUCCUAAUGGAAUAUACUGUAACUCUAUAUUUAAGUGGAUGUUAAACAAUGAUGAUAUCAUAAUCAUCAUCGUUUAACGUCCGCUUUCCAUGCUAGCAUGGGUUGGACGGAUUCAGUGAGGACUUUUGAGCCAGAGGCUGCACCAGGCUCCAGUCUGGUCUGGCAAAGUUUCUACAAUUGGAUGCCCUUCCUAACGCCAACCACUCCGAAAGUGUAGUGGGUGCUUUUUUCAUGCCACUGGCACGAGGGCCAGUCAGGCUAUUGUAGCAAUGACCACACUCACACUCAAAUGGUGUUUUUACGUGCUACCUGCAUGGUAGCUAGUCCGGCAGCACUGGCAACGACCAUGCUCAAAUGUUGUUCUUCACGUGCCACCGACAAGGGUUGGUAAGGUGACAAUGGCAACAAUCAUGCUCAAAUGGUGCUUUUUAUUUGUCACCGGCAUGGGAGCCAAUCUGUGACCCUAGCAACAAUCACGCUAGUAUGUACUUUUAACGCUCCAGUGGCACAAUUGCCAAUCAGGCAGUACUGUCAUUGGCCACAUCAGCAAUUUUGGUUUGUUUACACUUGCCUCAAUAGGUCUUCGCAAGCAAAGUUCAUUGUCCAAUGAAUGAGGGGGUACUCAUAAGUGGGCUGGUUACACCCACUGGCAUAGGCCAUGGGCUAUGAUCUCACUUGGCUUGUUGUGUCUUUUCACGCACAGCAUAUUUUGAAAGGUCCCGGCCAGAAGUCAUUUCCUUGCUGAGGCCUAUUGUUUGAAGGUCAUGUUUCACAGUCUCAUCCCAGGUCUUCCUGGGUCUACCUCUUUCACAGUUUCCCCUCAACCACUAGGGUGUGGCACUUUUUCACACAGCUAUCCUCAUCCAUUCUCACCACAUGACCAUACCAGCGCAAUCGUCUCUCUUGCACACCACAACUGAUGCUUCUUAGGUUCAACUUUUCUCUCGAUGUACUUACACUCUGUCGAGUAUGCACACUGACAUUACACAUCCAUCAGAGCAUACUAGCUUCAUUCUUUGCGAGCUUACGCAUGUCCUCAGCAGUCACGGCCCAUGUUUCACUGCCAUGUAUCAUGGCUGUUCGUACACAUGCGUCAGACAGUCUGCUUUUUAUUCUGAGUGAGAGGCCCCUUGUCACCAGCAGAGGUAAUAGCUCUCAGAACUUUGCCUAGGCUAUUCUUAUUCUAGUAGCUACACUUUCAGAGCAUCCACCCCUGCUAUUGACUUGUUACCCUAGGUACUGGAAGCUAUCAGCUCUUCUAGUUUUUCUCCGAGGACUGCGACAGAAGCUGUUCUCUGCACAUUAUCUAUGUUUAUAGCACCAUAGCAUUUGGCAGAUAAAAAAAAAAAAUAUCUUUCCAGUUAGCCUGCUGAUGUUAAACAAUGAUAUAUAUAUAUAUAUAUUUAAAUAAGCAGUUGUUAAACAACAACAAUGAUGAUGAUAUACAUACAUACAUACACAUCAAUUUAAAUAAGAGCCAUAACGCAAUCCAUAGUAAAACUUGUUUAAUAACCUAUGCACAUUUCAAUACAAUAUCCCGACUCACCCUUGUCUGAGAUAAGAAUAUGAGGUCUUGCAUCUCUUCAGGGUCAAGUUACAUUAAUUCACAGCAGACAGCAAACAACAGACAACAUUAAUAAUUGUCCUCAAAUUACAUGUAUAAAAGAGUUAUAAUCAGGUUGUAACGACAUAUAUAUA